GCAUAGAUAAUUAGAUAGGAUGAAAUCCAUAAUCAGAAUGAUUAGCGCUUUCUUUCUUUUAUCUCUCUUUACUAUCCAGCUGGGAACUCAGGCCAGAAUUCUACCUGCAGCAGGAGAAAAUGGCACAUUUGAAUUUAUUAAUGUCAACUACAACAAUUCGCCGCCGCCGCCUCCAGCUCCAAAUGCAUCUUCACCGAAGACAAAGAUGAACAACUACAGGAAAGAACCGUCAUCGCCGCCUCCACCGCCGUCUGCUUCGCUUACAAUAGGCGAAGCAGUCUUGACGACUCUACCAAAACCUAAAAUGAGUGACUAUGGAAUAAUUGCGAAAUCACCACCUCCUCCUCCGUAUGCUUCACCCACAAAAGGCCAUGUUAGCUCUACUAUACUUAAACCAUGGACGCGACAGGGUGGUCUGGAAAAAACUCCGCAAUCGCGGCCUCAUCCUCGUGAUAUUUGGAUUGCGAGCACAUUCGUUGCUGAUUGCUAGAAGUUGCUGAGUUGCAGGUUUAUAACAAAACCAUGAACCGGGAGAAGAUGACCAAGAUUAAGUAGCAAUUAAUUAGCAGUGUUAACUAUUUAAGUGGUUUUUGUGUGUUCUUUUAACGCUCGGUUGUGGCUUGUCUUGCUACAUGUAAUUUAUAGAAUAUAAUCAAUGUAUAGUUUC